CCGAGGGGAGUAUAUAAAACAUUUCCUCAUAUAGGAUCUUCAAUGUUUUUAUAUUAAAAUAGAACGUUUUGUGCACUUUGCUAUCUUUUUCAAAACUCCCUUCUCACCAGAAGAUAAUUGAUCGACAAAUCCGAUCGGGAACAAGGUCGUAAUAUAUAAUAUUCGUCUCAAAAAUCAUGCAGAUUGUGUGGAAAGAAAAAGCAGGGAAAAUCGUGAUCAAUGGCACUAACUACUCACUAGUCCAAACCCAUUGGCAUACUCCCUCUGAGAACACUGUGAAUGGAAAAAGAUUUGACAUGGAGAUGCACCUGGUUCAUAUGAAUGCACGUGACGAAUUGGCUGCUGUUGGGAUCUUAUACGAAAUUGGAGCCCCGGAUCCUUUUCUUGAAAAUUUGAUAAGCCAUAUCAAGAAUGCUGAUCAUGAAGGUAAAGAUUUAGGCAUUAUUCACCCAGAAAAUAUUGGAUAUGGAAGCAAUGAGUACUACAGAUUCAUCGGUUCCCUCACAAUUCCCCCAUGUUCACAAGGUGUUCUAUGGACAGUUAUCAGCAAGGUGAAGACAAUAUCAAAGGAACAAUUAGACGCAUUAAAGGGUGCCGUUGAUGAGGGCUAUGAGCAAAAUGCAAGGCCAGUGCAGCCCCUAAAUGGAAGGACAGUUUAUCUGAACAAACCAUAGGACUGUUGUGGCCUAUAAUUUUUAGAGGACACUAUACCAGUGCAACUUUUUCAUCUUUUGUAAUCCAUUGCAAAAGAUCUGUUUUUUUCAUAGAAGUAACACUUUUUCCUUUGUUAGUGUAAAACAUAUACGCCUAAUGUUAAAUACUCUCUCAGCUUGUGUAUUUGUCCCAGAUUGUAAGAACACAAAAUAGAACAUACGGAGUAAUAAUUUCUCAGCAUCAUUCAUUUUAAUCUAUAAAGAAAUGAACAUGUGACAUACUCUGUACAACAGUACUUUCUAAUCUAACCAAAUACCAAUUAAACACUAUUCAUUUUC